CAUACAUACAUCCUAUCUCAAAAUAAACGUCGCCCAUCACUUGUUUUUCAGAAUUUGCACGUCGCAAUCUUCCAGACUCACACCUACAACCAUGGAAAUCCCCUUAACCCACAAUGCCAUCAUCUACACCAACCCCGGCACUGCCUCCCUGAAAAUCACCCAAGUACCGACCCCCUCGCCCGGGCCAGGCCAAGUCCUCAUCCGCCUCACGCACAGCGGCGUCUGUCACUCCGACCAUGCCGUCAUGACCAACAGCUGGCGCUGGCUUCCGGGCCUGACAUCGCACGACCAAGUCGGUGGGCAUGAAGGCGUGGGCGAGGUUGUAAAACUUGGCCCUGACUUGGUAGACUCCGGUUACAGCAAGUACAACGGCCCGGGAAUUAAGAUCGGGGAUCGCGUGGGAAUAAAAUGGUUCGCUUCCACUUGUCUGCAUUGUCUGGCUUGUAUGGAUAGUCAAGAGGGCUCUUGUUUCCAUCCUACGAUAUCGGGGUACUCGGUACCGGGCACAUUCCAAGAGUAUGUCCUCGCGCCGGCAAAUUACGUCACGCCCAUCCCCGACGGCGUUCCGUCUGACGCCGCGGCGCCGAUAUUGUGUGGAGGAUUAACAGUCUACUCUGCCUUCCACAAAGCACGAGCCCGGGCCGGAGAGUGGGUGGUUAUCUCCGGUGCAGGCGGAGGCUUAGGGAGCUUGGCUUGCGAGAUCGGAAGUCGGGGUAUGGGGUUCAGAAUUUUGGGGAUUGAUUCCGCCGCGAAGGAAACGCUUAUCCGGGAGUGCGGGGCUGAGGAAUUCCUUCCGCUAGAUAAGUUUUCGAGGGAUCCGGAGGGUGACAAGGCGAUGGCGAACGAGGUGAUGAGAAUUACGGAGGGAGGCGCCGCGGCGGUGUUGGUGUGUACCUCGGCUAAUGCUGCGUAUGCUCAGGCGGUGCACUUUCUAAGGUUCUGUGGAACGUUGGUGUGUGUGGGCAUUACGGAGGGGGAUGAGGUGCCGAUUCGGACUGUGAAUCCAAAUAUGUUGAUUAAGUUGCAGCUGACUGUCACGGCGUCUUCGGUCGGGAAUCGGAAGGAGGCAAUUGAGAUUUUGAAUUUGGUUGCGCGAGGGGUUGUCAAGCCGAGGUUUACGCUGCAUAAGCCGGCGGAGCUUGGGGAUAUAUUUGCAAGGUUGGAAAAAGGGGAGAUAUUAGGUCGAACGGUGCUUUCUUUGGAUACGGAGAGUUGGAAGUAACUGUCACUGUGUCAGGACCAACGGCGGUCCAGUCUUCUAGAAUAUCUUUUAGUCGAAUUUCUGAUUGGAUAUAG